AUGGACAAGUUCUACCUACACCUAGGCAAAGAUUCUGUCCAGCAAAAUACCAGCAAAGGUAUUCUGGCCCGGCGACGACACUACCCUGUUGAUUCUGUUGCCCCUUCUCAGACUGAGCCAGCCCAUCGUGUCACCAGGAACCUCAUCGAACGUGACGGCAUCCAUCGGGUCCUCGGGGUGUGUCUCUACUGUGCUGUCGACCUCGGCCGGCUUGGCUCUCCCACGGUUAUCGAUGACGUGCAUGCCCCUUGUCCACUGGCCGCAGGUCUCGACUCGGAUGUCUUCUGGCUUGGGCACAGUCGUCCACUCGGGAUGGUCGCGCGUCAGCAUGUACCAGAUGGUCAGCGGGUCAUGAAGGGACAGGCCCUCGUUGUGGCCCUCGCCGAGCAUCGAGUCAAUCUUGUUAAAAGUGCCAUUCAAAAAGGUUUCGGUCCAUUUGGCAAGGGGACUGCCUUGUUUCAGCAGCGGCUGGAUCUUUUGGUUGAAAGUCUCCUUGUGGAGCUCGUGGGGAGUAGUGAUAUCCAAGGGGAACAAGCUCAGCUUGAGUUGACGGGGCAACUUCUCAGGAUAGGCACCCAGGACCGACUUGCCGUGUAUUUUGAACUCGGCCACAGGAGUCACGUUUCCGAUGGUGUUGACAGCACCCCCCAUCACAACAAGCUCCUUGACGCGGAGGAAGGUCUCAGGGUCCUUGGCGGCUGCGAGGGCAACGUUGGUGAGUGGCCCAACGGCAACGACUGUGAUGGUGUCCUCUGGCUCUUCCCUCAAGAUGCGGAGGAUCUCCUCGUGGGCAGGACCCUUGCUAGGGCUGAAGAAACGGGAGAAUGA